CAGCUGGGCGAAGCAAUAACAUCACCAAGAAUAUCUGCCGAAAAAUCACACAAGAGGCAGAUAUUACUAUCUAAACGUCGCGUGAAUCUGACUUUCCACGCAGAUUUCUUCCAAGAAGAAAGACUUUUUCAUAUUUUUGUGACUGUACUACCUCGCAUAAAGAAUACCUAAAGCUAUGCUUUAAGAUUUUUUUCUUUCCGUUUUUAUUGUGUGGUCAUCGCGUUAACAACUUGAAUUAUUUUGCAGAUCUUUGCACCACAACCAAGUGAGACCUUAAAUUGUACAGCGCCUUCUGUGACAGCUCUGUUACAACAAAAAAGGCCAAUACACCUGUGAUCAACCUGCCAUCCAUUACAUCACUGAAAAAACAACCACAUCAGUGACUGUAGUUCAAAAAUAGCAAUUUGUAAAGGAAACUUCUAAGGCAACUAUCCCUCAGGAAAACAACUGUGACCUUUGACUUCCAAGGCAACCAUGUUCCAGCGAAUCAGCAGUCUGUUUUUUGGAAGCAUGGAGGACGUUACUCCUGAGCUGAAGGGACCAAAGCCCUGUGUGACUGAGGCUGAUGAAGAGGGAUGGCUCCUCGUCAACCUGCCUGGCAAGGACGGGCCAGAGGCAGCUGUACAGCCAGUAGCACACACCCGUCCCCGCAGUGAAUGUCAUGCACCUCAGACAUGUGGUCCCUCCCCUCCUACCUGCAAACACAGCAGGACUAGAGCAGGCAGGAUACAUUCAGCACAUCCCAGCCCCGCCUCCAUCUGUGCCCCUCUUGACCCUGCCUCCUUCUCUCACCUUGACUCAGUAGAAGUGAAUGUGUUGUUAAGCGAGCGGGGCUCAUGCUCGUGUAGUGACUGCAGCAUGGAUGAGAGCUGGUUUGUCACCCCUCCCCCCUGUUUUACUGCAGAAGGAGCAACGGCAGAGGCCAGCCCCUUGGAGGACCUGCUCAUCGAGCACCCCAGCAUGUCCGUCUAUGUCUCGCCCAGCCACCUCCCCGCCAUGGAGGAGAGCGCCACCAGCCUGGCUGGCACUGUCAGUAGGAUGUCUGAAUCGGCAGUGCCUGCUAUGACCAGGAGCAGCACAGCCACCCGGGUGACUCGAGGAGCAGCUGCACAGGCCGGUGCUCUGGCUAAAGUCACCCAAGUAUCUAGGGUCCAGAAGGCCAAAGCCCGAACUGAGCGUCGCCACCUGACACGCAAUCGCAUUCAGCGCCAAAACCGGGUGCUUGAACAGGUCCAACGGCGCGUGGCCCAUACCCACAACUCCUUCCUGCACCAACCGUGCCAGCGCAACUUUUGCCACUGAGGCAUCAAAAGUUUACAUGGAGGGCAUUAAUACAUCUAGACACCCCUAGAAACCCACUUCGUCCAACAUAUACCCUUUCCCAAUUGCCUUGUUAAUGUCAUUCUUUUGCUUGUACUGGUUUUAUUUCCACCAUGCUGUUCAGUUUCAUUGUAAUCAGGUUUGUCUCGCCCAUGUGUUGUGCACAAGUCAGUUUAUGUGUCUCCUCUUUAUGCUCUUAUCUGGCAGCCUAUCACCACGGGAGGAUCCAUAUUUUUGCCUAAGUCCUUUUAUGCUGCCUAAAUUAGAUCCUGAAUGUCAAACGCACACCAUAAGACAGAAGCUCAUCACACUGCACACAUUUAAAGACUCACAGUUUCUUGUUUUCUGUCAUGAUUGUGCACACUUUCCACAACUAAUCAGAAUAGCUGCAUCAAUUAAAAGAUCACUUUCCUUCCCUACUGUAGUUAUGCUCCUGAAAUUUGUUCUCACAAAAACUUGCGCAUAUAGCAAGUUAGCGACGCUAAAGUUUAUUCUUGAGAACUUGUCAACAAAGUACAAGGAGACAGGGAUUGAUAUCUUUUUCACACUGAUUUACACAGAACAUAAAAAAGAACAAAGAGAAACUAAAUAUAUGGAUGAUACAGUAUUGAUUUAUAUUUAUUUAUUGCUUCCUGCUGCCUACUCUUGUACUCUUUCGCUCUGGCCUAAUUUCAACAGCUGUUUCUCAUUGUUGCUCUGUCGCUUGUCCAGGAAGUGCGCACACCUGACAACUGGUUGCCAAAUUUCAAACAAGUUUGAAAUGUAUCGUACCAUCUGAUUGUACUGUAUUGAGAAUCGCAAAAGUCCAAAUUAGUAGAGCAUCUUCAAUGGAUAUGUGUUGUGAGUUAGCUAUGAUCUUGGGUAAUGAGCUUUAGUCCUGUAGUGUGCAUUUGGCUUAAAGCAAAAGUAGCAGUGAAUAUUGCUAAAAAAGGAGAUGCUUAGAAACUCUGUAUGCCGCUCUGCAUAUAAUGUCCAUCUAAAUGUUUAACACAGGCCGUUGGGUUUGAGAUCUAGAUCUCAUAAAUUGUAUUGCUUUCAUUUUAGUGUUAGAACAUAAUAAUCUUAAGGUCAAUUAUUUUCUGCAAAUUGAAAGAGCAAACCAUUGAAAGCUUUGUAGAAACAUUACCUCUUUCUUUGUCUCUGACUGGUGAGAUACACAGAUAUCCAGAGGAGAUAUCUGUACAUCUCACCUACUAAGAUCACUUUUAUUAAAGCAGCUACUACAGGAACCGAAGUGUCAUCACUUUUGAAAAGAAUAAUGAAAAGUAGGUAGGGGAAGGUGCAAGCAAGAAUUAAACCGAUCAACUCAGUUUAGGGGCACAUUUGCAAAAGAGGUUUUUCAUAGUAUGUUGCAAUCUGAAAAUGUUUAACAAUGCGGUGCUAACCAAGUUAUUUUGUGCUAUUUUAUGAGCACCAGUGAACUGCCAACCUUGACAGCAUUUAAAGGAUUGCACUCUCGACAUAAAGGUAUGCUGCAAUCCUAUGCUGCCUUCUAAGGCACCUCAUUUUGAGUCAUUAACAUAGCAAUAUGCUAACAGCAACGCUAUAAGAAAGGCAUCAUACAAUGAUAAUUGUAGCAGGUAAAGAAUAUAAAGAAUGGAAAUUAUAUGUCAUCGACAGUGGUUCACCUUUGCAAUUUAGGACGGAUAGCAUUCAAAUCAACUGCGAACCGUCCCAGAGUUUGCAUUUUGAGCGCUUUAAUACAGGAUGUCUCACUUUCCUGCAGGAGUGUUCCCCUCAAGUGUCUUCAAUAGAUGCCGUUUUUGCCAUAUUUCAGUGUUUUCCACAUAUUUCAAAUCUCGAGGGGGACCUCGGAUGGCAAAAAGGCUUGGGUGGAACCCCGUCCCAUGUUAAAGAAUGUGAAAGCACUAUUAGAAGGCAGCUGCCUAUGUAGGCAACUACAUAGGCAGAAACCAUCUCACUUGGUUUCGGAACUAUGGUCUUUUAGUUUGACAGGGAGGGUUCAUCAUUGACAUUACUGAUACUAUGCCAGUAAUAUGUUACUAAACAGACUUACUUACUGAUUUUCAUAGAUCUUCUAAGGAUGUACCCGUAGCAGAUUAGCAUUCCCUGAAAAUUGUUAUGUAAAGCUGAAGUAUCGUUGCCUGGUUACAUCUCAUUUCAAAUGAAUGAUCGUAGGGCAGUGUGCAAUACUGUGUUUUUGCAGGUCACGUUUUCAGCAUUUAGAACUGAAGAGAGCUUGCCAUGGGUUAGAGAUUAUAGUGGUUUAUAGGAAGUGAGGGACAGUAUAGAUUGUGACUCUAUAUUUACUUUAUGGAGGAUUCUUGAUGUGUGAAUCUUACUAAACCUUUCAAGAACAUGUCAUGGUCAUAUCAUGAUACAUGUCAUGAGGCACACACCCGCAAAUUCUGAUUACUGUCAAAAAUAAUGAUAAACGUAUACCAUAAAAAAUGAUAUAUUAUUUAAGUAUAUCAUUGUGGAGCAGAGGGGGGCGGGGCCGGGCUGGAAUGCGCACAGUCCCCGAUCGGCCUGAUGGGGCGCGCAAGGGAUAAAGGCAGCCGGUGACGACGGAUCGAGAGAGAGAGAAUUACGGGCAUGUCCGUCAUGUGUGUGUUUAUGGUUGUGCUUUUGGUUUGAGUUUAAUUAAAUUAUCAUUUAUAUUGACAAGCCGGUUCUCGCCUCCUCCUUGCCCAUCGUAACCCCCUUACAUUGGUACCGAAACCCGGGAGGGAGGAGGGAUGCCCGUCGCAGAGUCCUCGACACUGCCGUCCACCCAGGGGAGCGCCGCUGCCAUCUGCCGGGUGACUGAGUAGCCCGACCGCCCGGAUGCGGGGAAUGGCCGCAGGGCGAGUGGGGACUGGAUUCCCCGACCUCCUGGAGCGAUAGAGCCGCUGCCAGGGGCGGAGGAGUGCCCUGCCGUCCCCCAGAAACGCGGAGGGGUCGAGUGAAGACCGCCGUCCGUGAGGGGAGGAGGGAAGUAACUCCCCGAUCGCCUGGAGCGGUAGGGCCGCUGCCAGGGGCGGAGGAAUGUCCCCAGGUGCCGCCAGAAAAGCGGAGGGACGUUUUGUCCGCUGGAGGUCGGAGGUUUGACUCCGGUUCGCCCGGAGAGGAGCAGCUGUUGUCCGCUGGAGAGUGUGGAGGAGUGUUCGAGGACCACGAGACGGUACAUCAGAGAACCGGUGAGUGAGCUUUUUCUCUCUCUCCUCUCUCUCGCUCUCUUUCGCACCGUGUUGGCCUUUUCCCUCGCCUAUUUCAUUUUUUUUGUUUUCCCCUCCUGUCUCCUCCCAGGUCGAGGAAGGCGGGGAUGACCUGAGCAUGCCCUUCCCCAGGGAAGGGGGUGUAGGUCAUGCCGGUGGCACCCCGGCCUGAGGUAACGCCGGGAGGAGUGUGGAGCGGAGGGGGGCGGGGCCGGGCUGGAAUGCUCACGCCCGGUCCCCAAUCGGUCUGAUGGGGCACGCGAGGGAUAAAAGUGGCCAGUGACGACGGUUAGAGAGAGAGAGAAUUAUGGACAUGUCCGUCAUGUGUGUGUUUAUGGUUGUGCUUUUGGUUUGAGUUUAAUUAAAUUAUCAUUUAUAUUGACAAGCCGGUUCUCGCCUCCUCCUUGCCCAUCGUAACCCCCUUGCAAUCAUAGCAUUUCAAUAUUAUACUAUUUAAAAAUAUUACUUAAAUAUAUAUUAUUUACAUAAUGGAUUUAAGUAAUAAAUAAAAAAUAAACUAAAUAAAUUCAAUAAAUAAUUUAAUUUAAAAAAGUAUUAUUGUGUUACAGUACUUUUGUCUAAUAAGAAGGGGGAAUGCUUAGUUAUGAAACAAAAAAAAAAAAUAUGCUUAAUUUUCUUCAUGCACAAUAUAUUCUUUUUUAUUUUAUUUUGGGGUGACCUAGAAAUGUUUUCAUGUGAUGCACCCUGAAGCUCCACAAAGCAUUUGCCGUUCAUUUCCAUUGAAAAAGAUGUUUCUAUCUUUCUAAGCUUCUGUCUUCAGCAGAUAAAGUUGUCCUUCACAAAAUGCUUGUGUGUGAAUCACUGUGACUGCAGAGAUAAAGAAAGGCAAACAUAACAAAUGCCCUUUUAAAGUCUAUUUAGAGUCUACAUUUCAUCAUACCAUCUCCAUAACAUCGAUAAUAAUAAGAUUGUGAUCUACAUUUAUUGAACAUAUUAAUGUUGUUAAAUGUCUCACUUGAGAUAAACCCAGCACACAUACGCUCACAAUAACACAUCCUAAAAUGUGUUCCCCCUCAAUAGUCUGCGAAUACUCGGCACAUUUACAGGAUACUCGUCCACCACAUUGUGAUCUUAUAUUGUGUUUUCAGUCAGGAAUAGACUUACAAUGGUGCUGAACGUAUAUAAAUAUUUGACUGUUUGUACAUUUUUGAGGCGUGUGCACUCUUAUGUUUUAUGGGGAAUCAUGGUAUUUAGCAUAUGCUGUUUUUGUUUGCGAUGGUGAAUGAGAUGCCAACAUGCAUGAGUUGGGGAAAAAUAGCUUCCUUAAAAGGUAAACAUUUAGUUGCAUUCAAAUGUAUAUAAAUACAACGCUUUUUUAACGUUGCAGUUCAGUGUCUGUGUUAUGUUUGUUUUGAAGAAUCACCUUCCUGUUAAAAUGGUUACAUUUUUAUCGUUUGGUGCUCCAAAUACUUGAGUACACGUCCUUCGACUGGGUAUUUAACAAUAUGAACCAACAUUUGCCAUGUUGUCAGUUCCAAUGUGUUAGACCAUGCUUGCAUUAUGAUGAUAAGGAUUUGAUUGACAUGCAUUUUGUUUUAUUUUUCCUAUUGUUUAAUCAUUUCAACAGUUCUUAUUGUAGUCUUUCCUAUCACCUGCCAAAAUCUGUACAACUAUUAUUGUAUUAGGUUAUUUAAAGUUAUCUAUUAACAAAAAAUUUAACUAUAAUGUAAAUAUGCUUUUAUUUAUUUUUUUCAUUUUAAAAUGGAUAGUUUGUACAUCAUCUUUACUCUACAGAGAGUGCAGUAUGUAUGUCAGUGGUGUAUCUAGGAAAACGAAUGCACUGUAGCAUUACCAGGGUCCUUAAUAUUGUCCACUUAAAGAUCUUCUUUUAUUCACAUUCUAUGUUAACAUCUACUUAUUAUUGGAUGAGGCAAUAUUCCAAAAUGCACAUAAAACCAAUUAUCUCUUCAAAGAGAUCCAGUGCUGUUGUUCAGCGUGACAGCUAGGCAGCGUAUACCCUGUGUUGUCUUUGUUGUUUUGUCUGUGUG